GUGCGACCAAAGAAAUCGGCACGGCGUUGACGAGGAUCUGUCUCCGGCACAAGGCCGUCGAGGCGCGGAUGAAGACUUUUUCAACAGCAAUUAUGGACUGUCUUGUGAUACCUCUCCAAGAGAAAUUAGAGGACUGGAAGAAGACUGUUAUCAAUUUAGACAAAGAUCAUGCCAAAGAAUAUAAAAGAGCUAAAUCAGAAUUGAAAAAGAGGUCAACCGAUACCUUGAGAUUGCAAAAGAAGGCACGUAAAGGUUGUGGUGGAGACUUAGCUAAGAGGGUAGAGAGUUGUUUAGCUGAUGUAACAGAACGCAGGCAUUUGCUAGAACAUGCUGAAAAGCAGGCAGUCAGAGCUGCACUUAUUGAGGAGCGUGCUAGGUUUUGUACCUUUGCCACUUUCCUUAAACCAGUUGUGAAUGAAGAGGUUGCUAUGUUAUCUGAAAUGGGUCAUCUCCAAGAAGUUGUUGAUGUCUUAGAUAAACAUACAUCAGAUCCUCUUACCCUUCCCCCUGCUAGUGAACAAGUUAUUGCUGACCUGAAAGGUUCAGAAAGUUCGUGGACAUUCCAAACCCCCCCGUCAAGUCCAUCGUCUCUCGGUUCUCGUAAAUCGUCGAUGUGCUCUAUUUCUUCCCUCAACUCAUCAAGCUCUGGAUCUACAAAGUCUCACCAUUCCCCUUCGCAUCAUUACUGGCAUAGAUCGCUUUCUCAGCGGCCGCUGCCCUCUGGUCGGAGCAGUACCUUGAGAAGUAGUGUGCUGGGCGGUACUCUGCACCUUUCAAGUGUUUCAUCACAAGACUCGGGAUUUACAUCUCAAGAUGGUUUACAACUAGCUAGAAGUAACCAGGCAUCCAAUAUGUCAGAACACAGUGGUGGUAGUAGCAAUGGUUCAACUCCCACAACCCCUCAUGCACUACUGCCAAAUCAAAACAACACAGCAACUUGGCCCAACCUGCAGGAAACUUUGCAGUUUGAGAGAGCAGCUUCAGCAAUUCUUAAUGAGCGACCACAUACAAUUUCCUCAGCAUACGAACGAGGUCAUCAACGCCCUCCCUUGACAGUGUAUACUUUUCAUGCACCGGAAAACAACUUGAGCCACUCUCAGCCAGUUAGCCCUGUGUCAGGGUCUGUUUCAGGGUCAGGAUCUGCCUCUGGCUCAGCUGAGAGUAGUGGUGCUACAGCUGGCUCACCUGCCACUCCUGUAGCUCACAGCAGUCCUCAACCCAUCUAUGCAACUCGCAAUGAGUGUGGCAUAGCCCAGCCCAUUUAUGCAACACGUUCUGAGUGUGGAACAGCCAGCCCACAGCCUAUUUAUGCUUCUCGAUCAGAAAUCGUCAAUUCUCAGCCUAUUUAUGGCUCACGGUCUGACUGCAGCAGUGGCAGCCCCCAACCAAUUUAUGCCGCUCUGAACGACCCAAAUGGUAUUAGUCCUUUACCAUCACCCAAGCCUCAACCAAUUUAUGCCCGACCUCCAGUCAUUCCUCAGCGCCAUUCCUCUUUGGAGAGGCCAUCUGUCCCUGCAAAGACUUCAGGUUCUGCUGGAUGUGUUCCAAAUGCUUUGUCGUCCAACCCACACACACAGCAUCUUCGAGCAGAGAAUCAAAUUCCAACUUACGUAAAUAUGCAUGAAUUGGCAAGCAUGGCGGCUUCCAAAGCGCAAGAAAUGACUUAUUUGCCACCACCACCACCAGAAAUGGUAUCAAAUGAUACUCCAGACAAAGUUGAUGGUCCAGAGCGAGAUGGUAGUACGAGUGAAAGUUCCUUAGAAUCCAGUAGUGGAUAUGGGAGUCAAACGGCCAUUGCAAUGACUGAUGAUGGAAAUCAUCUUGAAGGGUACGCCAUGGGCCGAGGCGGUACGCUCCUGCGACGAGGCUCCAAUCAGGGUCCUAAACCACCCCCACCGACGCGUCGGACCUCGUCCAUCUCCACGGCUGGGUUGACGAGUCAGGGCGCGCCCCCGCCGGCCGCCCCGGCCCCCGCACCGCCCGCCCAGCCCCCGCAGCACAUCGCCAAGGCUGGCAGCAUGGAGAACCUUCCGCCGCCGCCCGCCUACCUGCUGGACCCCGAGAACCACGACGACCACCACAACCUGGACGACGGCCUCCUCCCCCACGGCACCGUCCGGAAGGUGGCCUCGGAGCUCAAGGAGAAGCUUGGCAACAAUCCCGCCAACUCGACGGCUUUCAACAGCGUGAUUGCGCAGAACGCCAAGCUGAUGGCUUCGAUCAAGAAGCAGUCCUCCAACCCCAACAUGAAGAACGUGAAGCUGAGCGCCGCGGGCGUGGUCGGGCAGCCGCAGCAGCAGCGCACCUCGUCGCUGGGGAGGAUGACGGCGGUGGAGGCCCUGCGCGCCGGCGCGGGCGGCUGCUUCACGGGGCCCGAGCUCAUGCGCACCUCGGCCUCGGGCAUCAGCAUCCCGGUGGCGCAGCCCAACAAGACGGCGGAGAGCGACGGGCUCCCGAGCGUGGCGGACGCCGUGAGGACCCUGACGGAGCUCAAGCACCAGCCCGCGAGCCCCGUGUCCGUGCGGCGGACGCACAGCCUGCGCUCCCAGAGCGCCGAGCGCAAGGCCGGGGAAGGCCAGCCGGCCGCGGGCGGUGGUGGCGGCGGCGUUGGGGGCGUGGGCUCCAACUUUAUCGCGGCUCUCAGCGCCAAGCUGGGCCCCACCCUGAGUCCUCGCCACUCCCGGCGCCACUCGGAGGAUCUGCAGCCCCUGGGUGGCGCCACUGGGUCCCCUCGGAUGGGACAAAGCUUCAGGGAGUCGCUCACCGCGAGACUGUCUCAUCAGCAACAGGCCCAGCACCAGCAGCAGCAACAGCAGAAGGCCAGCAGGGUGAGGCAGUGGAUCAACAUGCGCACGGCGCCUGACCCAGCCACCUGUCAUGAUUCGUUAAUGGAUCAGAUUAAGCGUGGCAAACCACUGAAAAAGACGGGGGGUGUUAAUGAUCGGUCUGCUCCCAGAAUUCUUUGAGCAUUCAUCCGUCCUAGAUAUUGAUCAUUGAUCUCAUUAUAUCUCAUCCCAUCAUUUCUAGUUAGCGUUGCUUCCCUAUGCAAUGUGUAAUUCCUUGUGGGUUUGUUUCAAAUAUUUAUUUAUUUUACAAUAAAUGAGUCUUUAUUUAUAUCAUUCUGUGUUAUAUAUGACUAAAAUGUUAUAUCAGGUAUAUGUAGUUAUGAGUAUAUUUUGCUUCUUGCAAAAUCUAUUCCUGUAUAUAUCAGUUCUGUGUUCACACUGAUGGGUGAAAAUUUGAGGAGUCAGCAUUACUUAAAUGUAUGUCUUUUUAAGAGCUAACUGCCAAAAUUUAUUUUUAUUUAUUUUGAAAGCAAUUCAUAUUUGCUUUUUGUGGAACCUCAUAUCACCCACUUCCCUGUUAACGAGUGGAUGUACAUAAUGUAACCCAGUUAGUUUAGAAAGCCAAAGAUCAUUGUUCAUCUAGCCAGUGUGUGAUCAUCGGCCCCCAUGCUUGAAUUUUUUUUCUCUAUCUGUGAGGAUUAUAGAACGCAAUUAAGCUUGAUAUUUGCUCCUAGGGGUUCGGCGGUGUUUAUUCUAUUGUAAUCAGUUUGUUCUUUAUUUAAUCUGCAAUGUCUUGACUUUGUAUUUUACUUUGUUAAGAAUUUGACCUAUGGUCUUGAAAGUCUGACUAGUGAUAGCCUGUGUUGACUUCUGCCCACCUUUCUUUACCGCAGUGUCUUCAUUUUAUCACAUCAUUUUGGAAUUGUUGGCUGUUUUUAAUCUCAUGUGAAGUGAAAAUGUUGAUGUACGCUGUUCUUCUUUGUUUGUUUUAGGUUCUUAAUUGCUAUUACUGAAAAUAUGACUGCAGGAUAUUUUUGCACAUUUUGUAAGUAAGAAUGUACUUGGUGGGCAAGUUGGUCGCCCAAAGAUGCGCGAGAAGUACAAAUACUCCUUUGUAUGUUGGAGUCAAAUAUGUAACUGUAGGUUAAUGUUUAUAUAGUUUUGUAUGUUUUUGGGGUUGUAGAACCGAUUUAAUCAAAUGCAGUGGAUAUGUAACUGUUUGACUGUAUCUUCAUUACAAAAUACAAGUCCGUGUUUUGAGGAUGUUUCCUGAACUUGUAUAUUUUCAAUGUCCUCCCAUCAUUCUUCUAUUUUGUUUUAAUUUACAGCACUAUGCUGCUAUUCUAGCUUUGUAUCUUUAAUGUUCACAUAUCCUCUCCCUUUAUCUUCCCUGUACACCGUCUUGGGAAAUGUCUGUUUGUAUGACAGCCGUAAUCAAUAAAAAAAAAUUAGAAGUUGAUAA